AAUAAUACCUGACCAAUACCUGACCCUCCGAUCAUAUCUAGGGUUCUAAUAGUUCGAUCCGCUUCUUCCUACUUCUUCUUCUUCUUCUUCUUCUUCUUUUACAUAUCAGAAAAUUUUGAUCAGAAAAUUUUGAUUCUUGUAUGUUUUUGUCUUUUGGCAUCAAAGAUUUAUUUUUCAUUUAUGAUCGGUCGUUUCUGCGGAACUACCUAAAUUUCCGUGUCUGCAGGUUUUUUUUUUUGGGCUAUGAAAUUUUGGUUUUGUCGAUCUAUUUUUAAUUUUUUUUAUGUAUAAAUAAAGCUUUUUUUUUUUAUAGUUUUUUUUUUUGUUGAAAACUUUUGUGUAGCGAUUGGCAGAAAUCUGUAAGGAUUUCCCGCAGGUACAGCAAUUGAUUAAUCUUUCUGAAAUUCAAGGCUGUUGAUCGUGUUAUUUGAGAUCGAUCAUCGCCUAUUUUCCAUCUCCCCUAAUCGAUCCUCGCUUUGUUUGAUUUUCCAGUAGACAUUUCCUUUGAAAUCAGCUGAUAACAUAUAUAUUUACAAUAAUAUAUAGAUCAAUCGGUUCAUUUAUAUGGAGGCGAUUCUUGUGCCUUCUUCUCCAGAUCAAUCAAUCUCUCCUAAUUAUAAGCAAAUCAGAAACCCUAAAAGGAACGCGCGCCCUCUCAUUUCCAGACCUUUUGAAAAUGCUCACGGUGGUGGUCUGUUGCACGCCCCGCCGCACUCUCUCUCGUUCUCCCUCCCUCUGCCGAUCAAUAAUCCGCUGAAUCGCCACCGCAACCACCAGCAGAAACCGCCACUCCUUCCUCUUCCGAUCUCCCAAUCUCUCCCUUCCCGGAGCCCUCCCACGAAUAGAAAAAUCAACAAAUCCCUAACUCCAGCCAAGAAAUCCAAGCCGUCCAUCAGCCCUAAAAAAUCUGAUUCCAGGGAUCUGAAAAGAUCAUCAACAAAAGGAGCAUCCGAUAUCGGAUCUCUCAACCGGUUGGGACCUGACCCGAGCGAUCUUCCGGAAAACAUGUCGAGAAUAUUCUCGUCGUCGUCGUCUUUGGAGACGUUCUCGGGUUCCGUGUUCCCACUGAUUUCUCCUCCUCCGAGCAGCUUGCCGUUGCCGAAGUUCUCCGUCAGGCCUAAGCUGAGCUGCAACGCGGAGGCAUCCGGCGGAGUAGACGCCGGGGCGACGGACAAUCUCCGGCGGCUGUUGCGACUCCGGUGACGUGUUCGUACCUGGUUUAAAUGAACUGCCACUGUUACUGCGAAGGUUGGCGAAGUUUAGGUUUAUAUGUAAAUAAAGGCAUAACCGAGGGUAUGCUUUGUCCAUGAGUUUUUUAUUUCUUUAUUUUUAUUUUUAUUUUUGUUUUUGGGUUUGUCUGGGAAGUUUUUGUGGGCACUGCCUGUGUUUUUUUAAAAAAGUGGGGUGCCCAAAAAUAAAAGAUAACCAGCUGUACUGGGGUUUGUUUGACGAGGUGGCUCUGGAGUUUUUCCUCUUAUUUACAUUGUUUUUUCCUUUAAUGUAUUUGCAAACAUAAUGUAGUUAAGUUAUGAAAUAAUAAUAAUAAUAAUUAUUAUUAUAUGCA